GCAGUACACGGGCCGUGCAACAAGCCCAAGCCAUGGGCGUGGAACAUAGUGGAGCUCGCCAAAUGGCAGAGUUGGACAGAGCUGGGAAAGAUGGCGCCAGUAGAGGCCAUGCGAUUGUUCGUGCGUGCUCUGGAGGAGGAGGACCCACAUUGGUGGACCAACGCACAACUAAUGGAAGCAACUGAACCACAUGCAGCAGCAGCAGCAGAGGGGUACGGCAGGGGCUAUUCAGAGGGCUACGCUGCUGAGGGCUUCCCGGCAAUGAAUGGCGCUGCCUUCCCCCGGGGCCCCCCUGUGGUGGAGGACAUGGGGGUGAUGGCAGUGCUGCGCGCUCACGACUGCAUCAACAAGUGGGUCGCUGCUCCUGUCACUGGGAGAAAACCGUCUGCCAGAUACCAGCAUGCAGCGGAAAUCCUGGAUGGGAGGAUGUAUGUGGUGGGGGGCAACAGAGCCAGGUUCACCAGUGACGUGCAUGUGCUGGACCUCGCAUCACUCGCCUGGUCUAAAAUGGAGCUCUCUUCCCCUGCCAACGCUCUCCCACCCUGUGCUGGACACAGUUUGGUCAUUUUAGACGAGGUGACUCUGCUGUGCAUAGGAGGAUUCUUCAAGGAUGGCGCAGAGAAGAUGAUAGUGCGGGCAUUGGAUGUGAGCACCAAGAUGUGGCGGGUGAUGAAGACGCGCGGUCAAAUACCCUGUGCGAGGGGAGGCCACAGCACGGCCAAGGUGGGGUCGACGGUGUGGGUGUUUGGAGGGGAGGAUAGCAAGAGGCGAUUGCUCAACGACGUGUACAGCCUGGACCUCACCACCUUCGUGUGGGACAAGCUGGACACCAUAGGAACGCCCCCUCUGCCCAGAGCGGGACACACCGCCACAGUGUACAACGAGCACUAUUUGACCAUCUUUGGCGGCGGAUCGCACUCCAUGUGCUUCAACGAUGUGCAUGUGCUAGACCUAGACGCGGCCGAGUGGUCACUGGCAGAGACCUACGGCAAGGUGCCCUCUCCCCGUGCUGGCCUCGUGGGAGUGGCGUUUGGCAGCCUCUGGUUCAUCAUGGGGGGAGGGGACAACCACGGGGGCGUGUCUGAGACAAUGCUGCUGGACCUGGACUCGCUGGUCUGGUCUGUGGUUACCACAUCUCUGGAAAAGACACCGCUUGCUUCAGAGGGUCUCUCUGUGGUGCCUGUGGGGACAUCUCUUGGCCCUGUGCUUGUAGCGUUCGGGGGCUAUAACGGGCGGUACAAUAACGAGGUAUUCCUAUUGCUCCCCGACACUGCCGCGCUCUUGAGAGCAGCAGAGGAGGAAGAGGAAGCUGCAGCUACUGCUGCAACUGCUGGUGCUACAACCGCUGCAACAACUGCUGCUGCUGCUGCUACAGAUAGUGCUACUGGUGCUGCAGCAGGCUCAGCGUCUCAACUACCGCCCUCAGCAGCAAUUGAAAACAGCAAUUCCCAACCUGCUGACUCCACCACUGCAUCCUCAGCUCCGGCAGCAGGUUCGGCAGCAGGUUCGGCACCUCCUCCUUCCCUUCCCUCUGGCGCUGCUGCUGCUCUUGGCCCCACUCCUUCCGCACCUGCUGCUCUCCCCCCUGCCGCACCCACUACUGGAAUGCCCCCUGCCACUGCUGCUGGGGGAAAACAGAUAGUCCGAGCAGGAUCUGCAUCCAAUAUCAUCGGUACCGCCCCUCCAGGUGGAAUCCCAGGUGGAAUUCCAGGUGCUGCUGCUGUUGCGGCACCUGGGCACGGGCCGUCUUUGUCAGCAGGGGCGGUGGUGGGGGUGGAGGAUGGAGGGGAGCUGUCCCCCACGUCGAGAGAUGCGGUGCUGCUGGCGCAGUUGGAGGAGGCAGAAGCAGCCGCCACCAGAGCAGAGAAGGUGGCUCUCAAUGCGCGGGCUGAAGCGAGUCAAACUGCUGCAGAGGCUCGGGCAGAUGCAUGGGCUGCCAUUGCCAAGGCACAGAUGGAGGUGGAUCUAUUGAAGCAGCAGCUAGCAACAGCCAUCAAGGCGAAGCAGCAAGCAGAGGAUGAGAUGGCGGAGGGGCAGGCCAAGGUGGUGGCGGCUCAGGCUGCCUCUGCUAGCGCGCAAGCAGAGGCAGGGCAAAUCAGGAAGGACUUGAAUGAUUGCAGAAUAAAGGUGCAUGAGCUAGAGGCGGAGCUUGCCAAGAAGUCGGGGGCGGAUGGGGGAAUGGCGACACUGCAAAAAGACUAUGCUGCUGUGAAGAACGCCCUGGCUGAUAUGGAACAGGAGUUGACGACAGCAAGAACGACCCUGGCAGCCGAACAAGCGCGGUGCUUCCGGCUGGAGGUGGAGGUUGCAGAGUACCGGCAGAGGCUGGCAGGCAUGGCGGAUCUGGAGAGGGAGGUGGAGCUGCUUCAGAGGCAGCAGGCUGCAGCUGAUGCCAUGGCUGCUGCUGCUGCUGCUGGCAAGGGCAAGGGCUGGUGGGGAGGGGGGAGGUGA